AUGUUGAGCCCUACCUUUAUUCUGUGGGAUGUUGGUUAUCCCUUUUACACUUAUGGCUCCAUCAUCAUUAUUGCAUUAAUUAUUUGGCAAGUGAGAAAGGAUCACCAAGAUUUAAAGUUGAGGCCUAACAGGAGCUGCUGCCGGUGUCACCGGAAAGUCAAACAAAGGGCUAAAGAUAAAACAUCAAGAGCUAGGAGGCUUUCCCGGAAAGAAGCUGAGAAGCCGUGGGAGCUGCUCUCUAUCAUGAGAAGCCAGGGCUGGCUUCCUGAGGAGGGGAGUGUGCGGCGGCUCCUGUGUGCAGAUCCCUGCUGCCAGACCUGCAAUGCUGUGGCUCUGGAGAUUCAGCAGCUGCUAUCGGGUGAGACCACAUUCACUACCCCUACUUCAUCGGGGCCAUUGCAGGGCUCCUCUUGCCUGGAGGUUUUGUCCACGUCUAGUUUCUCUUUUGAGCCGAGUCAGGAUUCCCUGCACUCCAAAGAGCUUUCCCUUCCAUCAGCAACCCACAUAGGGUCACAACUAACAAGUCAGAAGUCCUUAACCCAGUUAACUGCCAAAUCAGCCAUCAAGUCAGCCAUCAAGUCAGCCACCAAGUCCGCCAGUGCAGUCAGCAUCCGCGAAUACUGGGCUGACCACUGGCAGCUAAGGCAGGAAUGUCAAGGGCCAGAGGUGCCCUGGGACGCCAGAGCUCUGUCUUCUUCAAGCCUUGAAGAGCCUAGGAUUCCUGUGAACAAGCAAGACAAGGAGAAGAAGAACUCCGAAUGUGUUCCAGAGAAACGAGAAGCUGCAGAAGCUGGCUUGGGAAAAAAGAUGAAGCACUUUACACACUGGAUUAACCCCGAGGUGAAAGGUCAAGGGCAUAAGGAAUCCAUUGUCUCUAAGGAUGAGAAAGUGGCCAAAACCAAGACAAAAAAUGUUGAGAAGAGUCCGCCUCCCAGCAAACGCCAUAUGAAGGGAGCUAAGUCGGAGAAGGAGGAGGAGUGCGGGGCCUUCUUUGAUGCCCUCCAGUGCCUAGACAAUGAGUUCCAGCAACGGUCCCUUCAGUCCAGCCAGUCCCGGUUCCUGCGCCUUUCCUGCAACAGCUCCAAGCACUGUCCUCAGCUGACUUGGGCCACUCAUCCAGAAAAUCCAUCCCAUGUCUCAGCUCUCACCUCAGCAGAAGGCAUGCGUCUGUACAAGGAGAACACCCAGUCCAGGAAAAAGGAGUUCAUAGGUCCCCACACUUCUGCGUCCUCCUGA